ACGUUGAGAACGUGGCUGCCUCGGCAGUCCUUACUUCUGGUGAGGGCAGGACUUUGCAGCUGAAAGGAACUUGGAUGAUUUUGAUCAGAAAAACCAUGGUUGGCCUUAGGCAGUAGAAUUAGCUCCGUUUAAUUAAAGGGCAUUCUGUGAGGGAUUUGGGUGCUUCGCCAGCGCCCCCUCAUCAAUAUUCUCUAUGCUGCUAACGCCUGUCUGGGCAACAGCGGACUGGAGGCCGACUCCUUGACUCCUGAUAGAGUCAGUGGUGACAGCUGCCACCACAGCUAGGAGUGCUGCGUGACCCUGCAGCGGGGAGUGGACUGCACAAGAUAAGCGGAUUACCGCAUUGGCUCUCUGUACCCUGCUGUGGGGAUGGGGAAGGUAUUAUCAGUCCUUUCCCCUUGCAGGUGGGAGGUUAUAGAAGCUCAGCGAGGCCGGCGGCUGAUUCAGUGGCACACAGCAAGUGGCAGGGCAAUGAAUUAAAUGUAAUAAUUUCUCGUCAUACCAACUGGCAUUUAUUGAACACAUACUAGGUGCCAAACCUGUUAAGCACUCUCCAUGGAUUGUCUCAAUUAAUCUGCACUAUUGCUCUCUGAAGUAGGAACUAUUAGUAUCCUUGUUUGACUCCUGAGGAUCCCCAGGUACAGAGAGGUUCAGUAACGAGCUUAGAGUCACAAAACUGGUAAGAGAGCUAGGAUUUGACCUUAGAGCCAUUGCCACUCUAAAACCUGUGCCUGUCACCUCAUACUUCUCCUCACCUGGAUUCUUCCGGCCUGCCUGCUCCGUGGUGUCUGUCCUUUCCUCACAACCAACAGCAGGAGGAUGGGUUCCCGGUUUCAUGUUUGGACCUGACUUUGCUCUUCUCCCGCCCAAGGUCGUACUGCAGGGACGCGUGCUUUGUUGCCCUGGUCUCCCUGGUCUUCCCUCUCUUUGCCGACUUUCAGUUCUGUUUUUAGUGAUUUCCUUUGGUACGUUUCUUAUUUACAUAGACAGUGCAUACCUAUUAAUAACUUGAUGAUUCAUAAACGAGCCAUCAUUUGAAUAAAUCCUUACUACCUAAAGCUUCCCUCACUCCCCCUCCUUUUACCUUGCUUGCGGUUAUAAAGUAGAAGGUAGAAGUUAGGCCUAAUUUAAGACUCUUUGCUUCCUAAGAUUCAUAUCCCAUGUCUUAUCUUUUGCUGUGCUUUGUUCAGAAUAAGAAUAAUGGAAGUAAUUUGGUUUAAAUCAGGGUACACUGGAAACGUAGAUAAAGCUCGCUUUGGAAACCUCAGAUUUGCUUUCCCCACCGUCUUGACAGUGGUAGGUGACAUGGAGCUGAGGUUACACUUUGUACUUGAGGGGUUUUUUGGUUGUGUUCUCCGUGCUUAGGGAAAUCACAGGCUUGCAGAGCUGCAUUCUUAGGAAAACCACCGCAUUGCCUAUUGCCUGCACACCGAAACCCAGGUAGGUGAUGCCAUUUGACAACCAGAGGCGCCAGACAUUCUUAAAAGCAUUAUGAUAUUUUACCUGUUAUGCUGAUGGAUGAAGGAGAGAAGAGAGUGUUAUAGACUUAAUGUUACCCAGAUUUAUCACAGAUUUACUAAUUAUAUAACCUCGGCCGUAAUUGAAAUGUUUUUGAGGUUUCCUAAUGCGCACUGCUGGCCAGGCUUCUUGUCUCACAGGACACAGCUCAGGACCUGGGGAAGCGCCAGGAGACUUCAUUCCAUCCUGACUGAUGGCUGCACUGGAAGCUGCGUGUGUACAGGUUGCUAGGACACCACUCAGAUCUAAUUCCAGAGCCCACAUUCUCUCCACUCCCCGUGGGCGCCUGAAGCGUAUGAGGCUGCUCUGUCAGAAAAAGAAGCCCUUUUGGCUGAACUGCGCUCAGAAAACCUCACCAAGAGCACAGAGAACCACAGACUGUGCCGGAGCAUGAAGCAGCUCACCCAGGAGCUGAGUGACCUGCAGCAGGCGAAGGAGACACUGGAAAAGGACCUGGAGGAAGCCCGUCGGGAGAAGAGCAAAGACGACCGCAGCGGCCUGGACCUUAGAAAUCAAGUUGAAAAAUUACAUGAUGACUUGAAGGGUCGAGAGAAAGCCAUGGAGAAUCGUUACAAGAGUCUUUUGAUUGAAAGCAAUAAAAAAGUGCACAGCCAAGAGCAGGAGAUCAAACGUCUAACAGAAAGUGUCAAUCAGAAGGACUCGCUGCUUAUGAAAUUCAAUGAAAAAGAUUUGGAAGCAAUUCAGCACAACUGUCAUUUAAGGACUGCAGAGGAUUUGCAGUUCAAGAGUGAAGGCUUCAUAACAGAAAGGUGUUCUUCUCACCAGCCACCAGGCAGCAAAAUCAUCUUUGUGGAGGAAAAGCAGCAGUCAGACUAUGAAGAGCUGACUCAAGCUCUAGAGAAAGAACAGGCCAUCUAUUCCCGCCUGGUGAAGUCUCUGCCGGACUCUGACAGUCCCAACAUCCUGCAAGCUGAGCUCAGCCACAUUCGGGCCCUGCGGAGGCAGCUGGAGCAGGAGGUGCUUUCCUAUCGGACUCUGCAGAGGACCUUGGAGGAGCAGAUCAAAGCAAUCCGGAGGCGGGAAGAAGAAGCAUUUUCAUUUUAUAGUGAUCAAACAUCUUAUUUGAGCAUUUGCCUUGAAGAGCACAGUCGGCUGCAAGUGGAGCACUUUUCUCAAGAAGAGCUAAAGAAAAAGGUCAGCGACCUUGUCCAGCUGGUGAAGGAACUCUAUACAGACAACCAGCACCUGAAGAAAACCAUCUUUGAGCUCUCCUGUGUGAGCGUCCAGGGAAGUGACAGACUUGAGUCAGCAGACCAAUUGGAGCUUCUAGGUAGAAAGGAAGACGAGGACACGGUCACAACGGGAGCAGACGGCAGGAAGCAUUUUCUUAGUGACUGCCAGCCUUUGGAGCAGAGUAAAGAGAUUGCAGAGGACACGUCCAAAGGGGGCUGCAGCAACGGCUACCUGCAGCACAGGGCGUGCAGUCUGUUGGAGUCCGGUGGCACCUGCGAGCCUGUUUUCCCUGGAGCCCAGCAUCGGGAGGAAGGGGCGCUCCUGGACCUGCUCGCCCCUUUCCUUCAUGAGAAGGCCACCUUGUUACUAGAAUCCAGGCCGGACCUUUUGCAGACGUUACGUGAACUACUUCUGGAACAAAUACACAUGACAGAGCAGGAACUUUCUGGAGAGUUCCUUGACGGUAAAGCCAAGGAGACGCUAAAGCAAAUGGCCAUUCAGCUGAGAGGUGAGCUCAGACACUUCUUCGAAGCCAGCUCACUUUCCAAGCCACACGAUGAGCUGCAGUCGCCUUGGGGGGCCAAGCCAGUGAAGGUGGGCAAAGCGUCCAUGGUGGAGCUGAAAGAUGCCUCAGUACAGACCGUGGUCACAGAGGGCGACACUGUCAGAUUCAGGCACGAAGGAGUGGAUGCCGCUUGGGAAGACAAGCCAACGGAUGCUGUGCACAGCACUGAGCCUCAGCCUGAGAACUUGCACCACGUGCCAGGGCGGAAGUGCCCUGCCCGGUCGCUCCCAAGUGGGACCAAGAGGGAGGCUAAGAAAUCACGCUUGCCAAUCUUAAUGAAACCAUCCCGGCCACCAGGGAGUGCGUAUCAGCUUGCUGCCACCCCCGGGGUGGAGGCCCAGCUGCAGGGCCGGGUCAUGGAGCUACAGAGGGAACUGCAGGAGUUUAAAACGGCCAACAAACAACUACACCAAAAGUUACUUCUGGCUGAAGCAAUGAUGGAGGGGAGCCCACCGCUGGACAGACUGCUGAGUGCUCAGCCCCUUGUGGGAGCCUCCUACCAGGGCGGCUCAGGAGAGCAAGAAGAAGGUCACACGGCUCCCGGUGUGUGGAGGGACAAGGAAACGGACAACGACCUGCAGACAAGCUACGACACUGAUUCUGAAAUAUACCAGCCUGAUGACCUUGCCUUCUUGCCAACAUGCAAAGAGAAUCCAUCUGAAGAUUUUCUGGGCACAACUUCAGUAGCUACUGGCAUAAGUUCUAAGAGCCAGCUUUCCGUUAAAGUCAGCGUGAUUGAGACUGAUCCGUCUGAGAGCAACGAUGCCGAAAACGAUACAGAAUACUUAAAACAGAAAAUUCGGGACUUAGAAACUGAGCUCAGGGGCUACCAGAAUUUCUUGUUUCGGCUUCAGUCAGGGAAGCACUCCCAGUGCAGUGAGGCCGUCAUCACCGUGUUGUGCGGGACCGAAGGGGCCCAGGAAAGCAUGAACAAGUCUAAGGGCAACACUGACGAUGAAGAAAUGACCUUCUCAAGUUUGCACCAAGUGCGUUAUGUGAAACACAUGAAAAUCCUCCAUCCAGUGGCCCCGGACAUGGUGGAUGGCAGGAUGCUGGAGAACCUCAGACAGCAGCUGGUGGAGCAGGAGUACGAGCUGCAGAAAGGGCAGAACUUGAACUUGGAGCUAUUCAGUGAUAUCCACAACCUGCAGAAUAAGUUCAGAGAUCUCUCACCCUCCAGAUACGACUCAUUAGUUCAGUCCCAAGCCAGGGAGCUCUCCCUUCACCGACAGCAGAUGAAGGACAGCCAUGGCGUCUGUGUCACCUGCCGGCAACUUGUGAGCACCAUGAGGAAGGCGCUUGAGGAGUUUCUCCACACCAGCGAUGUGGACUACUCUUUGGCCGAGGGUUUCCGGCAGCAACUGAAUCGAUGUGCUGAACUGCUGGAGAAACUGGAAAAGCUGUGUCUCAACGGAAAAUCCACGGAGGUGGAAGUGUGCACCCAGAAUGAGCUGAUUGACAGGCCUGCCGAAGAUGCCAUCACCUACCAGCAUAUUCUACCGGAAUCGCCCGAGCCUUCAGCCUCUCGAGCGUUGUCAGACUGUGACGGGUCUGAAAAGUCUUCCUUCUUCUCACGAGACCAGAAGCAAGACAGCGAGACGGAGAAGAUUUCUGGCCUAGUUAACCAUUUCUCUCAAGACUCACUAAUGGAACAUAUACAAGAAAUUCGAACUUUGAGAAAACGUCUAGAGGACUCUAUUAAAACAAAUGAGAAACUGCGGAAACAGCUGGAACGGCAAGGGUCUGAAUUCGAUCAAGGUUCUGCAAACACUUUUGCCUGUGGUUCAGAGCUGCAUAAUUCCCUGACAUCAGAAAUUCAGUUCCUGAGGAAGCAGAACCAGGGCCUCAAUAUGAUGCUUGCCAAAGGGUCCAGAGAUAAGCAGAAGGAGAAUGAAACAUUACGUGAGUCCCUCUCCAGGAAGACUGCAAGCCUGGAGCACCUUCAGCAGGAGCAUGCGCGUGUGCAGGCCGAGAACGAGAGGCUGCAGAAGGAAGCCGGCGAGCAGGAGCGGCGCCGCGAGCAGCUGGUCCAGGAGAUCUACACCAGCCGCAGCCAGCUGAGGAGGGCCCAGGAGGAGGUGAAGGUGAGGCAGCAGCUGCUCUCACAGAACGACGAGCUUCUCCAGUCCCUGCGAAUGGAGCUGAAGGUGUAUGAGAAGCUGGAUGAAGAGCACAGGCGCCCGAGAGAGGCCCGGGCCGAGGCGUCAGGCGAAGGCUGGAGGGGCCAGGGCCCCUUUGGUGACCUGCAUGGCCUCCUGGGAGAGAUCCAGAUGCUGCGGGCGCACUUGGAGAGGAGCAUCGACACCAACCGCUCCCUGCAGAGCAAACUGGAGGAGCAGCUGGCGCAGGGUGGUAACAGAUGUCCCGUGUUAAAUGAGGAGCCGAAUGAUCUGUUUGAUCCCACCCUGGCUGCACCACCCAAAUCAGCUUCAGAGACUCUUCUACUCUAUGGCGAUGACGUGGACUCCCUCUCCUGUGACAGUGGCAGCUUGGUCACCGGUAGCCCGUGCAUGCCUCACCCGGUCCCCGGCCACCACCUGUGGGCCAACAAGAGUGGCUGCCACGUGUUGGGCCUGAUCGAGGACUACAAUGCCCUACGUAAGCAGAUCAGCUGGGGGCAGAGACUCCUUGCUGAAAUGGAUAUCCAAAUCCAGGAAGCUCCUGGCCCUACAGUUCAAGAGCUGGCCACAAAGGGCCCACACUCGGCGCCCCUGAGCAGGUUCAUCACCAGCGUGGACACAGCCAAAUGCAUCCUAGGAGAAGCCUCGCGGCUGUUGAAGCUUUUCUGGAGAGUCUCGCUCCCCACACAUGGCCAGUGUACCCACCACUGUGAGCAGGUCGGAGACAUGAAGGCGGAGAUUACCAAGUUAGAACAUAAAUUGUACGACCAAGACCAGAAGCUGCAGAGCACGGUGAAGCUCCUGCAGCUGAGCAAGCACCAGGAGAAGGCCAUCUUUGAUCAGUUGGUUGUAACCCACAGCAUUCUCCGGAAAGCCAGGGGAAACCUGGAGCUCAGGCCCGGAGCAGUGCACCCAGGAACAGCCAGUCCCGGCCGCCCAGGCUCCUGAGGAGAGUGUGCCACCAAUAAACCUGUGCUGCUCCA